AUGGCCAUGGCUUCUUCCACCUUCACCUCGGGUUUCUUUCUUUUUUUGAUUGCUGCUCUCUUUCAUGCCACUCCUGCUUUUUCCGAUGAGUUCUCGUCUGAGCUCUGCAAAGGCCAUGGCUGUCACCCUAAAUAUCCACCUCCACCUCCACCUCCACCGGAGCAUGUUCCACCGCCAGUGGAUCACCAAUUGUGCCCCCUACUCCUUACUAUCCCCACCCACCACCACCGGAUUCCCACAGCAAGGUUCCUCCGCCGCCGCCAGUGGAUCCACCAAUUGUGCCCCCAACUCCUUAUUACCCCUCCUCCAACAACUCCACCACCAGAAGCUGCAACACCACCGGAUCCCCACGGCAAGGUUCCUCCGCCACCAGAACCUGUACAAGCACCACCACCACCAUAUCCCGAUGGCAAGGCUCCAUCACCAUAUCCCGACGGCAAGGCUCCACCACCAUAUCCCGACGGCAAGGCUCCACCACCAUAUCCCGACGGCAAGGCUCCAACACCAUAUCCCGAUGGCAAGGCUCCACCACCAUAUCCCGACAGCAAGGCUCCACCACCAUAUCCCGACGGCAAGGCUCCAACACCAUAUCCCGAUGGCAAGGCUCCACCACCAUAUCCCGACAGCAAGGCUCCACCACCAUAUCCCCAUGGCAAGCCAUGGUUCAAAGUCGCGGUAUCGGUCACUGACUCGGAGGGUCCCGAGGCGUAUCGGUCUCGGUGUAUCGGCCUGGGAUCAAUUCCUUUUGGAGGUAUGCUAGCUCCUUCUCUUACACUGAAGCUACGUGUCAGUCCGCGCUUAGUCCUAGCAUUAGAAGGUUGUGAGGAACUACCACCCUGCUGA